AUUUUUUUUUUUUCACACGGUAUCUGGUGGAUCAUCCAUUUUGGGAGGAGCCGCACUUGUCUGCAAAAAAAAAUUAAAGGUUGAAGCAGAAAACCGCAAUUUACCGUAUAUAACCGUCAAAACUUUCAAAUUCGCCUUGUUGGAAGGCUAUUUCUGCAAUUAGGGAACAUGCUACAGUCCUUGGACUCCGGGAAGGGUGUCCGUCAGGGAGACGGCAGCACUGGCAGUUGCUUUGAAUUUAGAAGUUGUAAUGUGCAAGAUUUGCAGAGGAACCUCAGUUCUUUUAUGAGGUGAGGCUCAACGGUAAGCUACGGCAAGUAUGUGAAUACUGUAACACAAGGGCUUUUCCAGAAAAUGGUAUAUAAGAGGAUGAUAUUUCAAGGAAGUUACCAUUUCUAGGAGUCAGUAAGAAAAAUAUCUUAAGGAUAACAUGGUACCUAUUAUUACAAAUCCAUUACAAGCUUCAACCGACAAGGCCAUCCCCAUUGGAGAAUACCUCUUCUUGAGGAUAGCCCAGGCCAACCCUAAGCUUAGGUCGAUCUUUGGAGUUCCAGGGGACUUUAAUCUUUCGUUAUUAGAACAUUUAUACUGUGAUUCUGUUGCCAAUCAUAAGAAUAUUCGGUUUCUUAGUUUAUGUAAUGAGCUAAAUGCGGCUUAUGCUGCUGAUGGUUAUGCUAAGGCCAUUGAGGGUCUUUCGGUGCUUAUUACCACUCUUGGUGUUGGGGAAUUAUCUGCUAUCAAUGGUAUUGCUGGUUCGUUUGCUGAAUAUUCCCCGGUCUUACAUAUUGUUGGUACUACUUCUUCAAGACAGGUUGGAUAUGCUGAAUCAUCCAACUUGCCAGGAGAGGUGAAGAACAUCCAUCAUUUAUUACCACUGAAAGAUGCCUUGAAACAACCUAACCACGACGUUUAUAAAGAAAUGGUUCAUAACGUGAGUGUUGUUCAAGAAUCAUUGAAGGUCGAAGAUGAAGAAGAAGUCUUGGUUGAGAAAAUCGACCGAGUCUUGAACAAAAUCAUUAAUGAAUCCAGACCAGGCUACUUAUUUGUCCCAAGUGAUUUGAGUGACUUGCAAAUCAGUGAAAGAUUUUUAUUAAAAUCCUUUAAUAAUUCUGAAUUGAAUAAUGAAAUGAUGUUGAACGAUAUUGCCGAUCGUAUUGUUGAAAAAUUAUAUGAGUCGGCUAGACCAUCAAUCAUUGGUGAUUCAUUGAUGACUCGAUUCAAUUUAAUGAAACAGUUUGAUGAAUUUAUUGAUAAAUUACCAACUAAUUUCGUUAAAUUAUUUGCAACAAAUACUUCGAGAAUCAUUGAUGAGUCCAGACCAAAUUUCGUUGGAACCUAUUAUGCCAAAAUCUCUCCAAGUAAUGAGAUUCGAUUCUCUUUGGAAAACGAAACCGACUUGUUAAUCACUUUUGGGUAUUAUAACAUCGAAACAAAUACCGGGGGUUACACGGGGGAUUUCAGUAAGAUUAGCGACCAAGUAAUCAUUCACCCUGAUUAUAUCUUUUUGGAUGGCGAAUACAUCUCUUUGCAAAACAGUAAGAAUGGUGAACGUCAAUUUGCCAUGAGGGACUUGAUGAUCAAAUUGAAUCAAAUUUUGGAUUCAACCAAAUUGAAACACCAAUCCAAUAACAAUAUCAAAUACCAAUAUCAACCACCAACUUUCUCUGAAAAUCUCACCAAAGAUAUAACCCAAGAAGGUUUAGUUGACUUUUUCAACCACCACUUACAAGAUGAUGAUAUCUUGAUGGUGGAAACAUGCUCCUUCAAUUUUGCAAUUCCUGAUUUGAAAUUUCCUCGCGGAGUUAAAUACUUGAAUCAAAUUUACUAUAGCUCUAUCGGAUAUGCAUUACCAGCAACUUUUGGAGUUUGUGCUGCGGUUAAAGACUUACAAAGUAACCGUAGGGUUAUUUUAAUCGAGGGUGAUGGCUCUGCCCAAAUGACAAUCCAAGAAUUAUCCUCCUUCUUAAGAUUUGACGUAACCCCUCCUCAAAUCUUCUUGCUUAACAAUUCGGGUUACACGGUUGAAAGAAUCAUCAAGGGUCCAACAAGAUCUUAUAAUGACAUACAAGACAAUUGGCAAUGGACAAAACUACUCAACUUGUUUGGUGAUACCAACAAUGAUAAACAUAAUAGCGCUACUUUGAAAUCCAUGCAAGAAUUAACGGACUAUGCAGCAAAAUUAACCCACUCCAACAAAAUCGAAUUCAUGGAAUUGAUUUUACAUAAAAUGGAUGUUCCUGAACGUUUCAACUACAUCUGCGGCCGUAAGCCCAUGCCAAACUAACCCCUCCACUAGUUUAUCAGGGCAAAGCUAUUUGAAUAAGUCCUUCAGGCUCCCAACUCAAAUCCAGGUAUUCCCUCGAUUUGAAAGAAAACGCUUCGGUUGCAUACGAACAUCUCCACUGUUCGCACUUAUUCACGCUGCCCUCUCUGGACCGACGGGCCGAUAAUGAUUUUUUCAAACUAGUACAAACCUUUGUAUAUUAAUUGAAUACUCAACCAACAUUGUUUGUUGUUCAUAGAGAGAUACCACUCAAUAUCAAUUGAGAUACGAAAUAAUCAAGCGUUUCUCGCAAUAAUGUAGCUCCCUGUAAUAGGAAUUAUUCUGCCCUUUGCAUAAGUCCA